CCCCCCAGCCAUCGCCCCAGCGCACCAAGUUCACGCGUCCAGCUCGUCGCAAACACAGUCGUCUUGUCUAUUUCAGCGGGAAGCAGGCGUGUCUGAGGUUGAAAUUAGAAUCACUCACAAAGGACGCGCAACGGAGCUCCUCCAGGGCUCAGAAUGGCCAGUUCGUAUCCGCCGCCUCAGCGCCCAGCAAGCCAAACCGGUGAGAGGUCCAAUGCGAAGUGGCUUCAAUACGAGUGGCUGCAAGGCAGAAGGGAUCAGGCUAUAUUUCUUCGUUUGUUGCACACGUGCCCAGAGCGGCAACUGGCGUCCGCAUUCACAGCCUCAGUCACUCCCGUACUUUUCGCAUUCGUGUUUCUAUGCCGAGAGUGAGGAAGCAUGAAAUGACGGUUGAUGCCCUUCAACUUCUCGAGCUUCUGCCGUCUGGUCUAUCACUCCUUCUGGUCUCUGCCAUAACGCCGACACGAUGACUGCGUCUCUGUUCCUGCGCCAGAUAUGGACGCUGGCGCGGAAGGACCUGCUCUUAGUUCUCAACAGCAAGCGGAGGACCUCGACCAUCUUCCGCGCCAUCACAAUCCCUAUCAUUUUCGUUGUCUACAUGUCGUUCAUUCUGAAAGUCUACUGGCCGAAAGAGACGUACGGAAUCGGCAACCCAUCCGACAUACGGCCCCUAUCCCAAGCCAUCGCUGAGGCUGUCGGCAGUCGAAGGACGCUCGCGCUCUGCAACUAUGGACAAACUGGCGGCGAUAUUGAUCGAGUAAUCGAGAUUGUUGCAUCGAAAGCAAGGGGCAACGAGGGACAGGAUGUCCACAUCCUCCGCAACCCAGACGAGCUCCUCACCCUUUGCAGGUCUUCCCUGAGCGGUGUUACUAAAUGCUACGGGUCGGCCGAGUUUCAUUCCUCUCCUACGGAAGGCGAAGGCGGUAUCUGGAAUUAUACCAUUCGCGUCGACGCUGCCCAUGGAUACAAGAUCAACGUCAAGCAGAAUAAGAACGAUGCCGAAGUCUUUCCGAUCCCACUGCAGCACGCUAUCGACUCUGCCAUUGCUGAAGUUGGAUCCGCGAACGGAGCAAAAGCCCUACCUGAUACCAUCAAGGAGUAUCCAUAUACAUCCAAGACGCAGAAGCAGUGGGAUGAUUCCCUGGUCAGAGACAUCCAGAACGUCACCGCGAAGUACAUUGCAAUCGUCUGGUAUAUUGGCUUCAUUGGCCUGUGUUACCAGCUUGUUGGUAUCAUGGCAAGAGAGCGAGAAAUAGGCAUGUCGGACCUGCUUGAGUCUAUGAUGCCGAACGCCAAGCGAUGGCAACCUCAAGUUGCACGCCUCUUUGGGCAUUGGAUCGCCUUCACGAUCGUCUACUUUCCUUCGUGGAUUAUCAUCGCAAUUAUCGCGAAGGUGGGCAUAUUCCCGAAGACGAAUGUGGGCAUCCUCAUCGUCUACUGCAUCCUCGCUGGUGUAUCCCUCAACUCCUACUCCAUCCUUGGCGCCUCAAUCUUCAAACGGGCACAGCUCAGCGGUAUCACUGUAGUCGUGGUUGCGUUCGUGAUCGGUAUCGCAGCCCAGAUCUCGGCGAAAUAUCUUACGACUGCGGCGGUCGUUAUCCUGGGUAUACUUUUCACACCGAUGACCUUCGUCUUUAACAUGAUAUGGAUGGCGAGGUACGAGCACGCGCAGAUCUCUCCAAACCUAGUCGAAGGCGCCCCAGGAGCUAAAUGGAGGGUGCCCGGGAUAGCGUUUUGGAUUAUGAUGAUCGUCCAAACUAUCGUCUAUCCCAUCUUGGCCGCUUUGGUCGAGCGGGCAUUGUAUCAUACCAGCGCCCAGGGUCGGCAGACAGUGUACGACGAUACCGCGCAACCGGUGAUCCUUUCGAACUUCACGAAACACUAUAAGCCGAACUGGUUUUUCAGGAACAUUGCUCCUUUGUUUGGGGUCAGAAGGCCGACCGUCCAUGCCGUCGACGAUCUGUCGGUGGCGCCCAUGAAAGGCCAGGUCAUGGUGCUUGUAGGCGCUAAUGGAUGCGGCAAGUCCACAACAUUGAAUGCAAUUGCAGGCCUUGGUAGUGUCACCAAGGGUACCAUCACCGUCAACGGAUCAGGAGGGAUUGGUAUUUGUCCACAAAAGAACGUAUUGUGGGACUUCUUGACCGUCGAGCAGCAUGCUCAAAUCUUUGACCGCAUCAAGAGUACCACGAUGAGUCCCACUGCGAACGCCGAUCUCAGUCAGCUCAUCUUCGAUUGCGGCCUCACGCACAAGAUAAAGGCUAUGUCGAAAAAUCUUUCUGGAGGCCAGAAGCGCAAACUCCAGCUCAUCAUGAUGUUGACCGGAGGCAGCUCAGUCUGCUGCGUGGACGAAGUGUCGGGCGGUUUGGAUCCGUUGUCGCGGAGGAAGAUAUGGGACAUCAUGCUUGCUGCGCGCGGCAGGCGAACCAUUGUCUUAACGACGCACUUCCUCGACGAAGCUGAGUUCUUAGCUGACCAUAUGGUCAUCAUGUCUAAGGGCCGCAAAGCCGCUGAAGGCUCCGUGUCGGAGCUCAAGAGCAAACUCGGUGGCGGCUAUAGAUUCCGGUUCUUGCAUGGCGCUGGCUACGGAGACAUGCCGGAUGUCGAGGAGCUCUUUGUUGGUGAUCCAAUGGAACAGCUCUUCGACCAAACGAUCUACACGGUUAAGGAUACCCAACGCUCAAUGCGGAUCAUCAAGGAGCUAGAGCACCGGCAAAUCAAGACAUACCAGGUCACCGGUCCUACGAUGGAGGAAGUCUUCAUGAAGCUCGCCGAGGAUCCCGACGACAACCCGCCUACGGAUUCGUCAAAUGCUCCAUCGGACGUCAGCCCUACUCCGUCGAACAGCCACGAGAAAGCGAUCAAACACAGCGUCCAUGAGGCGAACGAUGACCGCCUCUUGACGGGCAAGCCGCUAAGCUUCCUGCAACAAUCCUUCAUCUUCUUCAAGAAACGAGCGGUCGUGCUCCAGCGCAAUUAUCUACCGUAUGCCGCCGCAUUCCUUAUCCCGAUCAUCGCCACCGCCUUUAUUUCGAUUCUUAUCCGAGGAAAGGAGUACCCAGGAUGCUCGCCCAACCAGCAAGUAAGGGACGCAGACCUCUUGGACCUCUCGAAGAAGUCUAACGUCAAGCCUUUUCUCGUGGUCGGCCCGACGGCCGCUUUAGCCAAUGUCAACUUGACAGCAUUUCAAAGCUUGCUGCCACCCCAAUUUGGCGAUGCCAGUACAUCUGUGGAGGCUCUUAUGAACUAUAUCAGCGUCGUGGAAACAGUUGAUGACUUCCACGCCUUCAUCAGAGCCAACUACAGUAGGGUCAUUCCUGGCGGCUUUUUCCUAGGCGACGAACCGGUGUAUGCUUUUUACUCCGACCUCAGCGGUUUAGGUCUGUUCCCCGCCAUCUUCAUGCAAAAUGCAGUCGACAUGCUCCUCACCAAUACCACCAUCUCGACUAGCUUGAGCUAUUUCGCCAUUCCUUGGCCGCAGGACGCCACCAACCAGAUACAAUUUAUCUUCUACUUCGGUCUCAUCAUGGCGUGCUAUCCUGCCUUCUUUGCGCUCUACCCUACGCGAGAACGUUUGCUAAACAUCCGAGCAUUGCAGUACGGCAAUGGAGCUCGACCAUUCCCUCUUUGGUUUGCGUAUCUAUCCUUCGACUGGUUAAACGUCCUCAUUGCCACGGUGCUCAUGACGAUAAUAUUGGCAGCGAGUGCGCCCGAUAACUGGUGGAACCUGGGAUAUCUCUUCGUCGUCUUGUUCCUCUAUGGGUUCGCUUCAUUGCUUUUGUCGUACAUGAUCGCGCUCUUCGCCAAAUCCCAGCUGUCUGCUUUCGCCAUUGCCGCUGGCCUUCAGGCAUUCAUGCUCCUGAUGUACUUCACCGGGGUCAUGAACAUUACUACGAAUACGGAAGCAAGCAAGGUCGAGUCUGCGAAAGACAUCUUCAACUUCACGUUCAAUCUCGUGACGCCCAUCGGUUGCCUGACGAGGGCAUUGAUCGUCUCCAUGAACAUGUUUACCGCCCUCUGCCGCGGUGCCCCGCCACGCAUCGCGACGUACCCUGGGGAGAUCAAGCUCUACGGCGCCCCUAUCGUAUACCUCAUUGGACAAUCGCUCUUGAUGUUCCUUAUCUUGAUGAUCCAUGAUCACAGGUGGGCGGCCAGAUGGUUCCACAAGAAGUCUCCCAGGAGGGACGCCGAGGACCAGGAGACCCGGGAGAAAGAGGUCUCGGAUGAGAUCGAGCGUGUCGCGAAUGCGACUGAUGGACUUCGUCUCCAACAUCUCACGAAGACAUUCAAGCAAGGAAGGGUCAUCAUUCCUGCGGUAGAUGACCUCACGUUCGGUGUUAAGAAAGGCGAGGUUUUUGCGGUCGUCGGGCCUAAUGGUGCAGGAAAGAGUACGACAAUUGGGAUGCUUAGAGGGGAGAUCCAGCCCUCCCGGGAUGGUGCAGAGGUCCACCUGGACAAUAUCGACGUCAUGCGCGACAGACGGACAGCCCGCGCUCGCAUGGGUGUGUGCCCCCAGUUCGAUGCCGUCGACCAGAUGACCGUUCUUGAACACCUCGAAUUCUACGCCGGCGUCCGCGGGGUCUCGGAUGCCAAACGCAACGCCCAGCAGAUCGUAAAAGCGGUUGGGUUGGGCAAAUUCGCCAACACUAUGGCAUCAAGACUGUCGGGCGGAAACAAGAGGAAGCUGAGCGUCGGCAUCGCACUCAUUGGCAACCCAGAGCUCGUACUCCUCGACGAGCCUUCUAGUGGAAUGGACCCACUCGCCAAACGAACGAUGUGGAAGACUCUAGCUGAGUUCGUUCCCGGGCGCAGUGUCUUGCUUACAACGCACUCCAUGGAAGAAGCAGACCACCUUGCCGACCGCGUCGGCGUCCUCGCAAAGCGUAUGCUAGACAUGGGUACUACAGCACAUCUGCGCUACAAGCACGGCUACGGCUUCCACAUCCAGCUCAUAUGCAAAUCAGCACCGUACACCCCCACGGAGGAAAUAGAAGCCGUUAAGCAGUGGGUCGAGGCCUCUCUGCCCGGAGCAGAGCAAGAAGGCUAUCCUUACCACGGACAGCUCCGAUACAACAUCCCGGCCCACUCGGCACCGACGUCGGAGAAGGAGCCAGAAGACGAGGGGAUGUCGGUCGGUAGGCUUUUUGUUCUGCUUGAGGAAAACAAGGAGAGGCUGGGUAUCCAGUUCUACUCCGUCUCACCGUCCACGUUCGACGAGGUUUUCUUGAGAGUCGUGGAGAAGCAUAAUGUGGGUGAGGAGGAUAGACCCACGGUGAAGAGAAAUUGGAAGGAUGUUUUGAGAAUGAUGAUUAAUUAUGGGCUCUUUGCUGGAGUGAGAGUGGUCUGAGGGGAGGGAUAGAUGGUCUUGUAGAGCAUAGUUUGUGUUUGGUCUCCUCUCGUUCAGUGGUUCUGCGCUUGGAUACCCAUAUGAUCUGCUUAGCCCUUAGAAGUACAGUCGCAUGAAGUUUACGGUAUAGCAUUGGUAAAGAUUGAGUAAAACGGUUACACGGACCUCGCUAAGAAAGGCUGGCAAGAGGCUAGGCUUGUGGGAGCGCUGGUGGCAGAAUCGCGCCACAUCGCCAGCCAUCACAGCCACAGAAACACAUGGAACAUCUAUUUCUGAGUUCCAGCGAGGCUCAUGAGGCAUUAAAUUGUGCAGCACGCCCU